AUGACUUCCACAGUAAAAAGAAGAAACUUACCUAGACUAGUUAACUUAGAAAUUACAAGGAUGGGUGAGGAUGGAAGAGUAAUUGAGGAGGAUGGUGAAGAAUAUUUCAUUGAUACUUGUAGCCUCCUCAAUGAAACCAACAGGGAAGAUGUAAUAGUAAUUAAAAAAGAACCAUUAUGGGCAACAGGUAUUCAAAUGUUCAUACCUUUCGUGCUUGCUGGGUUUGGAAUGGUAGCAGCAAGUUUACUCCUGGAUAAAGUCCAACACUGGCCAGUAUAUAGAAAUAUUUCAGAAGUCUACAUUCUUGUACCCGCCCUUCUUGGACUUAAAGGAAAUCUAGAAAUGACUUUAGCAUCUCGGUUAUCCACUCAUGCUAAUUUAGGCCAUCUAGAUAGUCAUAACCAGAAACUAAGUCUUAUUACUGGUAAUCUUGCCUUAAUUUUGUGCCAAGCAAUUGUUGUUGGGUUUCUGGCUUCAAUUGCUGCUGUUAUACUUGGUUGGAUUCCCUGUGGUGAAUUAAAUAUACAACAUGCAUUGCUGCUAUGUGCUAGCAGCAUUGUGACAGCUUUAGCUGCCAGUUUUGUUUUAGGCGUAGUUAUGAUAGGGGUAGUUAUAUUUUCAAGACAAUUUAACAUAAAUCCUGAUAAUGUUGCCACACCAAUUGCUGCAAGUUUGGGUGAUCUUACAACACUUGCGGUCUUAUCUUAUUUUGCAUCGCUGUUUUACCGUACCAUUGAUAGUCACCCUUGGUUAGCACCAUGUUUGAUUAUAUUAGGUCUAAGUUUAGUUCCUUUAUGGGCAUAUGUAGCUAGUCGAAACAAAUACACUCGGGAAGUACUUUUCAGUGGCUGGACUCCUGUCAUAUCUGCAAUGGUGAUUAGUAGUGCCGGUGGUCUUAUUCUGGAUUUCACAGUGUCUCAAUAUAAAGGCGUGGCUGUCUUUCAAUUAGUAAUUAAUGGUGUAGGGGGUAAUUUGGUAGCAGUGCAAGCCAGUCGCAUAUCAACAGAACUUCAUAGUAAAGGAAGCCCAGGUGAAUUACCAAGUGAUAUGUUAGUAUGUAUCAGCCCUUGUGCGGCUUUCUGUGAUAAUAAAAAAACAAGCCACACAGGUACAGCAAAAAUGCUUAUGCUAAUGGUAAUUCCUGGACAUCUAAUUUUUUCAUAUACAAUCAGCUAUUUAGAGGCUGGACAUACUUCUCUCACCUUUACUUUCAUGGUAGUUUAUUUGAGUGCAGCAUUUCUGCAAGUAUUUUUUUUACUGUACAUAGCACAGGUACUCACACUAAGCAUGUGGAAAACUGGAGUGGAUCCUGAUAAUUCCGCUAUACCGUAUCUGACAGCUUUGGGUGAUUUACUUGGUACUAUGUUAUUGGGAAUUGCUUUCCAAUUUUUAUAUGUUAUUGGCGACCGAGAUGGUGAUGUAGGAGAUUAA